AUGUUUUUAAUAUCUAUUUACACCUGUCUCUGUCAUUAUCCAUUAUCAUUUUCUCAUUCGAUUGUUGUUGUCGUUCUUGAAGGGGAAGAACAGGAACAAUAUGGCCGCCUGGGAAAUAAAUGUCCAAAGAUGUCAAAAACGCACGAAGACAGAUAUGUACGACGACCUCUGGAGGAAAUUUAUACCUUACCGUUAAGCGUUAUUAGUGAAUUGGGAAUUUCAUCUAUCUAUCUAUCUAUCUAUCUAUCUCUCAGUCUAUACAAUCCUAUCUAUUUGUCUAUCUCCCUCUAUUCAUUUAUUUCUAUGUGUAUAACUAUCACACCGAAUUCAUUACUAUCUCGAUUAUCCAUAUCUAUUUCAAUUUGUUCAUUAUCUAUCUAUCUAUCUAUCUAUCUAUUUAUCUAUCUAUCUAUUUCAGUCUGUUCGUUAUCUAUUUAUCUCAUCCUAUUCCUUUCUCUCUCUCUCUGUUUCUCUCUAUCUAUCUAUCUAUCUAUCUAUCUAUCUAUCUAUCUAUCUAUAUAUAUAUAUAUAUAUAUAUAUAUAUAUAUCAUUCUAUUAAUUUCUCUCUAUCUAUCGAUUUAUUUCUAUCUUUCUCAAUCCUUUACCAUGCUGUCAAAAAACAAGAAACUCAGGCUGCAGUUCGACCUUCGACUUUUCUUUUUACUCCGACCACCAGCUUUCUUCCAACCGCCGCUUCCCCUUACCAUUCUUCGCGGCUUUCUCAAAUCCUGA